AUGGCGCCUCAUCCCUUGGGUGCGCCCACUAUUCAAGUGCCCCAAGAGACCCAGCAGCCUUUCCCUGGAGCCUCGGACAAUGAAAUGCUCAGCUCCAAAUCCACCCCACCUAGCCACACUCUCAUACCGAGGGAGUGCUCCGAAGCAGAAGCUAGCGACUGCCUAGGGACCUCGAAGAAGCUUCGAGCCCGGCGUGGAGGGCGCAAUCGACCCAAGAGCGAGUUGGCACUGAGCAAACAGCGACGAAGCCGGCGCAAGAAGGCUAAUGACCGGGAACGCAAUCGCAUGCACAACCUUAACUCGGCGCUGGAUGCGUUGCGCGGUGUCCUGCCUACCUUCCCGGACGACGCCAAACUUACAAAGAUAGAGACACUGCGCUUCGCCCACAACUACAUCUGGGCGCUGACACAGACCCUGCGCAUAGCGGACCACAGCUUCUAUGGGCCGGAGCCUUCUGUGCCCUGUGGGGAGCUGGCCAGUCCGGCAGGUAGUGCCUAUGGGGACUGGGGCUCUAUCUACUCCCCAGUUUCCCAAGCUGGCAGCCUGAGCCCCGCUGCCUCGCUAGAGGAGUUCUCUGGCCUGCAGGUUCCCAGCUCCCCCUCCUGUCUGCUCCCGUGCGCCCAGGUGUUCUCAGACUUCUUGUGA